UGCAGCAUCAAGGGAGCAACUCAUAACUGUCAUUUUGCGAGUUACUUGGCGCGUCUUGUUAGCGGCGAUGGCUGCGGGAUGGUAGUAUAAAUAGAGAAGUGAAUUUAUCAGCUGACACACCUCGUACGGACUCGCAGACUCGUCCACGUGCGAUGCGCUUUGACUCUUACGCACACCUGCUUUUAUUUUAAGUAGAACUCACUUACAGCUGGAUCCCAGAAACACACAAUACUUUGUUUCAACCUCCACCGCUUGUUGAAUUGCGCGCCGCUCCGGAGAUGUGGUGGAUGCUGCUUCCACGCUGGAUCUGGUUCCUGACGUGUGUGUCAGUGUGGAUGGAGCUCCAGGUCGGAGUUUGGACCCACAUCACCUAUACGCACGCGGGCAUCUGCCCCAAUGAUAUGAACCCCAACCUGUGGGUAGACGCCAUGAGCACCUGUACACGAGAGUGUGAAUCUGAUCAGGAGUGUGAGUCCUUUGAGAAGUGUUGCCAAAAUGUGUGCGGGAAUCGAAGCUGUGUGGCAGCCCGUUAUGUGGAUGGGAAGAAGGGCCCCGUGGGAAUGCCAAAGGAAGCGACCUGCGCCAGUUUUAUGUGCAUUCAGCAGGGGUCCGAGUGCGACAUCUGGGACGGCCAGCCGGUGUGCAAAUGUCGGGACCGCUGUGAGAAGGAGCCACACUUCACCUGCGCUUCCGACGGCAUGACCUACUACAACAAGUGCUACAUGGACGCAGAGGCGUGCUCCAAGGGCAUGACUCUGACUGUCGUCAUGUGCCGCUUUCACCUGACGUGGCCCAACACGAGCCCUUCUCUGCCCCAGGCGACCACUCUUCGUCCGACCACUGCUACGCUUCAGGCGACUAUCCCACCUCCCACGGAGCCUCAGCCACCUAUACUGAUCAGCACCCCCUCUCCCCAGACUGUGAAUGUCGGGGACACAGCAAGUUUCCUGUGUGAUGUCACUGGUCGACCCCGGCCUGACAUCACCUGGGAGAAGCAAAUGCCGGAUGGGGUAGAGAGGGUGGUCAUGAGGCCAAAUCAUGUUUGGGGUAAUAUGGUGGUCACAAACAUCGGUCAGCUUGUCAUCUACAAUGCCCAGCUGUUUGAUUCAGGUGUCUACACCUGCACGGCUCAGAACCCGUCUGGCUUAGUGCAAGCCAACCACCCAUUCACUGUGCUGCCCACAGAGAUCCUCAAACCUACUGAACCCAAGAACCAGACCCGCUGCCAGCCCGAGGAGUGUCGGAAACCCCGUGAUAGCACAGAGGAUUGUGGGAGUGAGCUGGAGAAAGUCAGCUGGUACUACGAGUCCAAGUCCAACAACUGCUUCUCCUUCACGCACUGCCACAGCAACAGCCAGCAGACCAGGAAGGUGUUCCCGACAUAUGAAGAAUGCAUGCAGUGCUGCGGUCCGGAGCUGUCGGGCCCCUGUGGGCUCCCCACUCUGCAAGGCACGUGCAAGGCAUACGAGCCACGGUGGGCCUACAGCAGCACCCUGCAGCAGUGUCAGCCCUUCAUUUACGGAGGUUGUGAAGGAAAUGACAACAACUUUGAAUCUAAAGAAGCCUGCGAGGAGAUGUGCCCCUACCCCAAAAACCACCACUGCAAGGCCUGUAAGCCGAGAGGCAAGAUGGUGACGAGCUUCUGCCGCAGCGACUUUGUGAUCCUGGGUCACAUGACUGAACUUACAGAGGAGAAAGACUCGGGCCACGCCCUCGUGACUGUGGAGGAGAUCCUCAAAGACGAGAAGAUGGGUCUCCGCUUCUUUGGCAAGGAGCCCCUUGAGGUCACUUUUAUCAACAUGGACUGGAACUGCCCAUGCCCCAACAUCACAGGCGCUGCUGCGGAGGGCCAGGUCAUCAUCAUGGGCAACGUCAGCGAUGGCAUGGCCGUCCUUCAGCCCGAGAGCUUCGUGGGAGCUUCCAGCCCUCGUCGGGUACGGAAACUGAAAGAGGUUGCCUCUAAGAACACAUGUGACAUUCUCAAAGCGAUCACCAACGGCCCUCAGUAGGGCUCGUCUCUGUGCAUAACGUUAGGCUGUUAUCUUCUGAACAGUAGCCACAGUACUGUUGAGAUCUUUAGACCAUUUUAGCUACAUCUGGAGUUCUUAAUUAUGAUACUGUUUAUGUUUUAUGUAGUAACUUUGCAAUGGAGCCUUUUUUAUGUUGCUGUUGAUGUGCAGCCAUUAAAGUUGUUAACUCAAAUACCAUGUAUGUGAACACAGGAGAACGUCCUUACUCUGUUCUCCCUCAUAGCCUCUCCCACCUAAGUAGAAAUCUAAGUAUUUCACCCAGGCACUUUUAAUAUCCAGCAUUUACUCUGUGUAUUACCCCAACACAUGUGCAGAUAAUUACAUAUGAUCGCAUAGAUUUGAUUCAUCCAAAUGAAUGAGUUGUAAUAUAUUGUAUUUAUCACAUUUUCUCCAAAGCAGUUGUUCAUUUUAUAUGUACCUUCUCUUAUUUCUUGGGUAUUUAUUAUCAUGGAAGCUUUUCUUUGUUGUGUACCCCAUAUCCUCUCUGAAAUCAAGUGGACUUUUUUAUAAUGUGUAAUGUGCAAAGAAAAUAAACACUUGGGAUCGUC